CAAUGGAUUUCUACAAGAAAGCGUCUGAUGCGCUAGAGAAAGUAUUGACUAAGAAGACGUCUGUGAAGUCAUUUGCCCAUUCUAAGCGUUUAUUAGCAUUGAUAUUAGAGACGCUGAAAUAUCAGGAUGUGAUAAAGCAAUUGAUUGAUAUAACAGAUUUAAUGAAUAAAGAGAAGAAAGCUAUAAAGUUUGCCAAGCCGCAGGGUAACCCUAUAUACCUACUUAUGGUACUCCUACACGAUUUGUUGUUUUCGAGAAGACAGGCUAUAGAGGCUGGACAAGGACCUAUAAAGGAUGCAAUCUUAAGGCAUAAAACUAGACUAAGAGGUGAACUCACAAAGAUUAGAGUAAAGGCUGGCGUCAGUUCGAACUUAGAAUUAGCUAGAAAGGCUGAAUCAGGUGCAGAAAUGAUCCCACGCUACGUCCGUAUAAAUACCAAUAGGAUUAAGUUUGAUGAUGCCAUCAAAAAGAUCUCAGAUAACUUCAAAUUGGAGAGCUAUACAGGUUCUGAUAUGCCAAUACCAAGCAAUAAAUACAAAGUUAUAGAACAUAUACCGGGAUUGAUAGCAGUCAAUACAUCAAUAUCGCAACAAUUGACUUCUGAUAAGAUGUAUACAAAUGGAGAAAUAAUACUUCAAGAUUUAGCAAGUUGUAUGCCCCCAAUUGUUCUACUCGACGAGCUCCAGAAGGGGAAUAACAAAGGGAAGAGGAAGGCAGACAACGACAAUCACGUGGGUACUGUAAUAGAUGGUACGGCAGCGCCAGGUAAUAAGACAACCCUCCUCUCCGCUCUCCUUGGCAACGAAGGGAAGGUUCUUGCUUUUGAACAUGUUCCAAAACGCUUCGAGACACUCGAAAAGAUGGUCAAAACUGCUGGAUGUGCUAAUGUGACUUGCAAUUUGGGAGAUUUCACAAAGUGUGAUCCAGCUAGUCAUCCAGAUGUGACCCAUAUUCUUCUCGAUCCUAGUUGCACAGGUUCGGGAAUUGUCAAUAGACUGGAUUAUUUGACAGAACAAGAAAAUGACGAUAAAGAUGCACACGACGAGCGUCUAAAUUCUUUGGCUGCUUUCCAAGAAAUGAUAAUAGGUCAUGCUAUGAAAUUCCCAAACGUGAGGAGAAUUGUUUACUCAACAUGUUCAAUACAUGACGAUGAGAACGAAAUGGUUGUUAUGAACACCCUCACGCAGCAUCCAGAAUUUGAGCUCGCAUCUCGGGAAACGUGUCUCCCGGGCUGGCCUACAAGAGGGCAUCCUGAGCCAUUCAACAACGAUGUCAAGCUUGCUGACAGUGUAAUCAGAUGCAAACCCGGAACAGAUCUUACGAAUGGUUUCUUCGUAGCUUGUUUUGAAAAACGCCAAAAUAUUGACAAUCAGGGUCCAUCUAAAAAGAGAAAGAACAAGAAGAAAAAUGCGAGUUCUAAAGCAGAAAAUUGAAUAAAUAAAUGAUUUUACAGUUCCAUCUUGACGAUGAUGCGGGAUUUCUCGUAUAAUUGGAAAUCAGCGAUUGAGGCACUUACGACAUUGCCUAUAUCUUUGAAGGAUUCUUCUUGUGACACACUAUUUUCUUUGUAUAUCCGAGCUUUCAUACCGCCUAGCUGAGCAAUUUCACAGUCAGCGAAGCUUCUUGUAAGUGCACCGUCGUUUUUCCAAGCUGAAAUGAGCGUACAUCUAAGAUCCUUAAAAAGACUUGGAUUGCUUUCAUAACGCUUUUUCAACUCCCUUACGACCCAAUAAGCAUUAACAUUGUUGGAUAAACGCUGAUAAAUGCUAUCAUUCUGCUUCGUUCGUAUGAGAUAUUGAGCAAGUGAGUCAUGUGUUGGAUACAUCCAACUGAUCUUAUCCCUUGGUUGACGUAUACUCAAGAUGGCACUUUUGAUUUGAUAGUGAGAAACCAUAUCGUUGUAACGUCUAAGAGGUGAAGUGACACGAGCAUAUCCAUCUGGACAGCCGUUUAGCAGAUGUGGUAUAGGUUUCGUGCUGAGCGUGCUGCCAGAGAAUGAAGCCAUACUCUUCCCGACAUCAGCUGAGCUGACUACACCAGUGACAAUAUCGCGUUUUCCCAUGAGAUCCUCAAGACUGGAGGGGUCAUUCACUUCUGGAAGACCUGCCCCUCGAAAGAUACCAGGUACAUCAUGGUCACGACACCAUAAGGCAGUGACUUCGCAAGCAAUACUCAUAAAUUGUGACACUGCAAAUCUUGCUGGAGAUUGCUGUACGUUGGGUACAGCUAGCAGUUUUACGGACGGCCGGCCAUCCCAUAAUGCCAGUUCAGAUGGUGGUGUAGGCAAUGGAAGCGGCGUAACCUGUGCUUCUGGUGUGAAAGUGUGCCAAAACAACAUGCCAUUUUCUACUCUUCGAGUGGAAUGAAGAACGGCGAGCUGUGAUACGCGUCCAAGUGUAUCUAUAUCUUCGGUUGAUAUACUCGUAUUUGAUGCCUUAUUAGGUGAUUUGUCCAGUAAUCUGUUAUCAUUUUGGAGUGCAUCUGCUCCCAAUACUUCAUCGACUGCAUUAUACUGCAUUAUUUUGAUGUUGUUGAUAAAUGACGGAGAGACGUCGUAAUUUCUUAUUCUACCCUUAUCAUCCAAUUGAGCAGAGAAAGUGAGCGCCUGCUGCGGUGAUCUGCUUCCAAGGGAGAAGUUGCUCAUACAGAAUUCUUUUGGCAACAUCGGUAUAGUCCUGUGGGGGAGAUAUACCGAAGUGUGGCGUUCCUUAGCUAAUAUUGACAGUGGGUGGUUAAAUGGUAUGACAGAAGUUGGAUCUGCAAUAUGCACAUGGACCCAAGUGUUUCCGUCCUUAUCAGUAGGCUCAACUGACAUACCAUCAUCGAGCUCAUUUGCACCAGCAUCAUCUAUAACGUACACAGGCAGCUUCGAAAAAUCUCGGCGAUGAUUCUCGAGCAAGUCAUUCACGUGAAGGCUCGUACUUCCAUUCGAAUUGUGCUCUUUCAUGGCUAUAUCACCGAGUAAUUUGAAGCGGCUAUCUGGAUCGUUGUCGCGAGGCACUACAGAUGUGCUACCCGCCAUGUGUAUUGUUUCCCAGGGCGCGAACAAGCCAAUAGUUUGGAGGAAAUCAAACGAUAAUGACCGCCAAUUCUCUUGGUUUACGUGAUGGUAUUUGUCAAAAUUCUUGAGGAGUACACAUACCACUGACUCAUAAGGAUUGAAAGCGGGUGUGUUGAGCGUUUGACAACUAUCUGUGAUGAGUCUAAUAAUUAUAUUCUCUCGUUCAUCGUAUUUCAAUGUAGAGGGUAUAUCCGUUAUGGCUUUUGGCAUCACUCCGGUUUCUUUACUGAUUGAGUCUGACAAUUUUAACAAACCUCUGCUCUUCUCAACAAAACUGAUUAGUAUUUCACGGCCUUCUUUUGUGUUCAUCCACUCAUUCACCAGGCGGAGAAUCUCAACUUCAACUUUCGGCCUUACACUGAACCUCAUUUCUUUUAUAGCCGCUUGGUUAUCAAUCAUAUUGUACUCUGUUGUGUUUCUAUAGAGCAUCAUGUGAAAUGCCAUAAUUUGCAAUCUACUUGGAUUAUGUAUCUUAAAUUCACGUUGUAAAAGAGUAAUAAUAUCAUAUUCCCUCCACUUUGUGUCACUUUUGUCUCUAAUUUUCUCAAAAACCUUACUAAAAUCAAGAGUAUACUGUCUUAGAGUUGACUCAACGUCAAAUAACAUUCUUUUGAACCUUGAGACGAGCUUAGAUUUAAGGAGUGCAUAACUGUCAUUCUCUGGGUUGUAUAUGUGAUGUUGAGCGAGUGGAUUUUUCUUAAUUUGUUCAACAGCUCUGAAUAAUUCUGUGCGUUUCAAUUCGCCUUGCUUAAACAAAGGAGCUGAAUACACGACUGCUUGCUCCGGAUAAGCUACUAUGGCACCCGAAGAUAGCAAACACCACCAAACUUUACGUCCGUCUAUGAUGUCUGUGGCGAGACCAACACCGUAUUGAGUGAAUUUUGGUAUAUAAAGAAAAUCACCGGAUUGGACAUCUCGAGUGGUGUGCUUUUCAAACCAAAUUUCUUUGUCGGAAGGAUUGAUUUUUAUAGGGCUGAAAUCGCCAGAGAGGUUAUUAGAAUAAUCUAAACCGUUUGAUUUCUUUAACCCCCAUGUAUGACCAGUUACUGCUGCAUUUAUAACCUUUAAGGCAGAUUUUCGCUGUGAAUCGAAAGCAGAUUUCGUGAGUCUAGAUUGACGAUUGGAGAGGUUAUCCAGUUGCGUAUAAGGUCUAUUUAAGAGCUUCCGAGCGCUCGAUUUCAUAUUCCUUCCAAGAGAGAAGGCGGGUACGUCAGAAAGUGGACUGAUUAUAGCUAAUUAAAAAAAUUGGACUAAAUAAUGACUGUAUUAAAAUAUUCACGGGCGGGCGGUGUAUUAGUCAGUGUCUCGUCGACCGGCCUAGAGAUGACCGACAACUUUUCCUUGAACAGUCAUCAAUAAAACAUUAAAUGUGAUGAAUUACCUAUACGAUCUAUUUAGUUACGGUAGUCAACAAUUCAACAAAGAUACUAGAGACGGUCAAUCCGAUAGCGACACUAGAUAUCCCGAUAACCCUGACAAACUGAACAAUGAAAGCACAAACGAUACAGCCACAGACUCAAAUGAAGCCAGCUCUUUGAAUAACAGAGAGCUCUCUACUCCAGAUUACAGUGACGACAUGCCGCCUUUCGACUCGUCAAUGUCUCCGACACAGUCGUUAACGCUACCUAACAGCUAUACUAACGGCCAACAUAAGAAUAUUUUUGGAAAGUUAUUUAAGAAUAAGGUUAAGGGCUCUACUACGCCUCCUUCAGUUGGUUCUAGACGACAUUCGUUUGACGGCAUCCCACAAUACAUCCGUAUACACUCGCAUAGACAGCCAAACAAAGUAUUCCAGCGUUUAUAUAUACAGCAGACGCUUUGCCCACCACUCGCAAAAUUAUCAGCUUUGCCAUCCUCCUUAGCACAGCGUGCGAAAAUCCAGGCAUCGUCAAGACCGACGUCACCAAAUUCAAGUCCUGAAAAUCAUCGUACAGCUAGCUACGAUGAUGAGGAUGCAAUUUAUGACAUAAAGUUCAGUCAUGAUGGAAAGCACCUCGCUUCCGCUAACUUCAAUGGCGUUGUUAGAAUACACAAUCUGACAAAAGAUGGGAGAUCUUUCGAUGACUACAACGUUAAGCAAUUCCGUGAUCACCAAACAGGUGUUAGUGGUUUGGACUGGAGUAAGAAUAACUUCUUGAUCACCGCAAGUCUUGAUAAGACAGUGAAAUUGUGGCACCCUGAUAGAAAUACAGCCUUGGCUACUUUCAGACAUUCAGACAUAGUUACUUCAACAAAGUUCCAUCCUAAAGAUGACAGAUAUUUCCUUAGCGCAAGUUUGGAUGCUACGGUACGUUUAUGGCUGAUCCCUAAGAAAGUUGCUGUUUUCUCGACAAGAUUAUCAGAACUUAUUACGGCAUGUGCUUUCAACAAAAGUGGCAAGUAUAUCUUGACCGGUGGUCUCACUGGACAGUUUGAUGUUUUCACCUACACCAAUAAAGGUCUUGACCAUAAGAAAACCAUACAGUUGUACCACCACUCCCAUCAACAGAAUAGCCAUCAUAACGAUUGCCAUGCCAGCAGAAAGACAGCCUCUAGCAAGAAGAUUGUCGGUAUUGAGGUUGUACCAAAUGAAGCUGGCGAUUAUGUUUUGGUUACAAACGCCGAUAAUAGAGCAUAUAUGAUAGACUUGGACUCAAUGAAGGUCGUUGCAAAGUUCAAAGGUAACAGAAACAGAUCGAUGCAGAUGAGUAUUACGCCAUCGAAUGAUGGAAGUUGGAUAAGCUCUGGUAGCGAAGACAAGCAUAUUUAUGUUUGGCCAAUAAACUCAGCAUUAAACAAGAAAGAGGUUACCAAUAUUAGCGUUUCCGGUUAUGACUUAUGGCAAACACCUGAAGUUAUAAAGUGUACGGCUAUUCUGCGUCAAAACCAUGAGGCGUUAGUUGUUGGUGGUAGUGAUAAUGGUGUAAUUUACGUUUAUCGCGCAACCGUAAAUAACCAGAAUAAGGCACCAGAUUUAAAGCACCCUAAACCUAAUCAAAUGAGUCUUCCAUUGCCAUCCAGCCCUAGUACAAAGAAGUCAAAACAAAAACGCCCACUAAGUGCGCUUCCGAUCCUUGGUCGGUCGCAUCAGUCGCAAUCACCAUUAUCCUUAACUCCGAGCUCGACAAUAUCACCAAAGUAUGACAGGCAUCAGUAUUUUUAAUUUUGUGUAUAGUAU